CUAGAAGAUUAUGAGCAAGUGGUUCUAGAUGCUAAGGUAUCGACAAUUGAAUCUGAAUCCUCUGAUAAUCAUGAUUACUUGCUAUUGAGGUCAUAUGUUUGGUAUCCAUCCCUUAGACUAUACACACGUCUCGAUCAGAUUCAUGUCUUUGACGCUAACAAGGGCAAUGGACGGGAAUUGUGCAAGGCAAAGGAUCAACAGAAAUGGAUGAAUUUAAGGCGUCUCAAUUGAUUGGCCCCCGGAGGCACUAGAUCUUGACGAUGCCAGAGAAUACCAUCGGGCUACUUCUGCCUCUUGCAACAAAUCUCAAUAAGACACAUGUUCAACGGCCCAUGCAAAUGAAUGAUAUCUAUGAUGGAACUCAUAUGCCACGAACGCUAGGAAUAUUACAAACGGGGAAAUCUCAAAUCAACACCUAGGCGCAGCACGAGAAAGAGACGGCAUCAUAGUAGAGUAGGGCCCAAAAUUAUCAUAUAGUCUAAACUGAGGGACUCGCAUCAGGGGCAGAGGUAGGAAUAGCUUCCUUGUCCUUGCUCUCCAUCGGCAUUAUACCAGAAUCGUCCGACGAGAACGACGGCGUGCGAACACCCUCCCGAAUUUGAGCUUGCGUCAGAGGCGACAACCCACGACGUAGUGAUUUAGAGCCUUUGCGUUUCCGUUGUUGAGGGCUCGCUUCUGGCCCCGAGAUCGACGGAGUGGUGCUCCCACGACGGGGACGGCCAGUUGCGGAGGAGCGAGAAGGUGGCCGGUCAUCAACAUCAACUGGGGUGGAGCUGCGGGAGGAGGUCCGAGAAUGAGAUGAUUCGGACCUGGUGUUGCGGCGGGUAGCAGGUGCGCGAAGUUCCUGGCUGAGCCUUGAUGAGACGGAUGGGGCAUGUUGAUGAUGAGCGCCGGGUCGGAACUUGGACUCUGAUUCUAGAGAUUUGUGGAGGGUGGCUGAUACUAGGCGGCGGCGCUGCGAGGCGCGCCAGCCUAAUCCAAGACGCCAAAACCAGCCUCCCUCGGCCUGGGCAAGCUGGCGCUCACGCUCGCGCAGUUUAUGACGCAGCUGAGCUCGGCGCUCGUUUUCCUUAUCCCAGAAGUCGGUACGAUAGUCGUCCCAGUUCUCGCGGAACUCGGGUGAGAAUGAUUUGGGUAGCAAAAGUAGGCGGAUAUAGUCACCACCGGCACUGAGGUCUUCUUCCACCAGGCCGGACUCGCUGUCGCCGCCAUUAUAGUAUUGCUGGUAGUGCUGCCGACUACGCUGCUUAUCGGACGGGUGCCGCUCGACGAGGUGGAAAUUGCCCGACGACGAAGGGAAAAAUGGCGCGGAGAAAGGGAAGAGGAAGGAGACGUAGGAGAGCAUCUCUUGCCACCAAGGCCCACGGAUCACGAUGAUCUUGGUGUUCAUCACGCGCAGGCCACGAUUCGCAACCGCCAGCCACCGACGGGGCCAGCGGAUACCGCGCUCCCACUGCCCUGUUCCCCAAACUAGCAGAGCUGUCACUACCCCACCAAGAAGAGCGACUUUCUCUCCCAUUUCAAUCACCCAGUAUACCGAGCCACCCACACCGCGUCCAUCUUCGCGGGGACGCAGGAACAAUGCAUAUGCAAAGUAGGCGAUCCAAGCUGCAAGGAGUAGCAGAAAGAAGGUGUUUUGGCGGCGACGCUCUCGCAGUGCCAGGUAUUGUGCACGAAGCGAGGCUUCGAGAAUCAACAGAUUCAAAUAUAUUUGAGGUGGGGAGGAAGGUAGUGUGGCUAGAGGAUCUGGUGUUGAGGGCCGCUGCGAGGACGACGAGUCCGACGUUGUUGGUGGUCGGGUGGGAUUCAACGGCUCCGGCGUGGGAGCGCGGGCAGUCGACGACACCGGAGCGCCCUUGACGAGCUGGUCCAAAGGCGAAGUCAUGGUAUUCUCUCGAUUUGUAGAAACGAAUGCGGCCACCCAAAUCAACGGCCCUGGCGGCCCAGUACAGUGGUCAUCGCGGGGUAAACAGUAGAAGCGUGAAGCAGGAAGGGGGAAGAUCGGAAGGGGAAGACACGCGGAUCGCGGCGACAUCAUCGCUGUCCGCCUUUUCCCACUUUUCUCGAACUGUAUAUAUACUCUUCCUGCUUUUCCUGCUUUCUACUGACUUGACCUGGCUGAUCUCACCCUUUGUCGCAUUCUCGAUUGAUUCAGAAUCAUCUCCUGGUCUUUUCUCUUCGGUCGUCUUCCGUCGGCUCUUCUAUCCCUCCGACUCCCUACGGUUCGACGUAUGCGCCUGGUUGCCUGUCGGGGUUAAGCGGCGUGGCUUGUCUCCGGCUUGACUUCUUCCGCCCUCGACAGCCCAUGAGCGUCGCAUCUCAACUUCUCCCAGCGACAGAAACUAUCUGUCAGGUUGGCUCACGCUCGGCCAACCCUAUACGCUCCAUCGUCCUUCCAGUCUCUCGGGGUUGGGGCAAUUCUGCGCACCUGGUUGCUUUUGCCACCUACUCUCUUGGACGUCGUCAAUACUCCUCAAUGACCUCAGAGUCCCUGAAUCCGUCUCAAGAGGAAUCGCGUGAACAUAGAAGGCACGCAUCACCAAUGCAAGGCCAAGAAGGAACCCCGUAUGCUGCGCGUGCAGCUGCUGGGGCGGCGGCUGCCAGCACCUCAUUCUUUCCGUUGGGGUACCGAGAAGGUUUUAGUCAAUGGUGGGCUCGCUUACCUGCGGCUGCUGCGGAGCACAAGGUCCUAUCCUAUCUGCCGUAUCUUCACCACGAGCCUCCAACCCACCUUCAGACAGGUAACACGGCGAGUUUCCCCAACGGAUCUACACCGGACAGCCUACAGUCCGCCGACUACAAUCAGCAAGGGCAGAUUUCGACCAACUCCCUCAAUGACCCUUAUGGUCCCCGCCGAUGGAGCUCCAGCAUGGUGGAGCUUUCCGGAAAAGACCGGGCGCUCAACGAAUUUUCGGUAGAGCGAGUAGGCGAGGAAGCCGACCAGCAUUUGGUGAUGCUUCACGGCUACGGCGCCGGUCUAGGCUUUUUUUACAAGAACUUUGAGCCACUGAGCCGACUGAGGGGCUGGCAGCUCCAUGCCUUGGAUAUGCUCGGCAUGGGUCGUAGCACACGGCCACCAUUUAAGAUCAAGGCCAAAGAAAGAGAAGAGGCUAUUCGUGAAGCAGAGGCAUGGUUUGUUGAUGCGCUGGAGGAAUGGCGCAUCAAGCGCAAGAUUGAUCGAUUCACUUUGCUUGGUCACAGUCUCGGCGGCUACAUGGCAGUCGCUUACGCUCUCAAGUACCCUGGCCACCUCAACAAGCUUAUCCUAGCUUCCCCUGUGGGUAUCCCUGAGGACCCAUAUGCGGUGACGGCGGAUGUACCCGAGCCAUCGGAAUCCACACUCGCCAACGAGCUUACACAGGAUCAGCGGGAUAUCGCCUCGUCCGCUGCAGUUCCGGGGUCUGCUCCCAAGACAACUGACGGUAGCUUCAUCACCGGCCGCAACCCUGAGCCAGGUGCCGAUGCCGCAAACCGCCCGCCCCGCCGCAACAUGCCCAAGUGGUUCGCUUAUUUAUGGGACGCAAAUAUCUCUCCCUUCAGUUUGGUACGAUGGACCGGUCCUCUUGGCCCGCGAAUCGUGUCUGGCUGGACCUCGCGCAGGUUCUCGCAUCUCCCGGCUGACGAGGCAAAGGCGCUUCAUGACUAUUCAUACUCCAUCUUCAGUCAACGCGGCAGUGGCGAGUAUGCCCUGGCAUACAUUCUUGCCCCAGGCGCCUUUGCCCGCAGCCCUCUAAUUCGCCGCAUCCACGGUGUUGGACGCCAGAUGAUUGGCGCUGACAACAACCCACUCCCCAACCCUGCUUCGGCAUCCUCCUCGUGUUCUAUCUUCCCCCACGCGUCAGCCAAGGCUGCGGUCCCUGAAAGUGCUCCGGCGGAAGACCCCACUCCAACUUCAACUGAAGCGCCCGCUCCUCGUCGCGAGAACGGUCUUCCAGUCGUCUUCAUGUACGGCGACCAUGAUUGGAUGGACGUCUCUGGCGGCCACGCUGCUGCUGCCCGCCUAGAAGAUGAGAAGCAGCGAGUCCUGGCAAGCGCCACGCCAGAAGAGCGACAAACCGAUCAGGGCUCUUCCAAGGUUGUCGUCAUCAGCCGAGCCGGGCACCAUCUCUACCUUGACGGAUGGAAAGAAUUCAACAAGGUCGUUCUGGCCGAGAUGGAAGAUGUCAGUCGGCGGGAGAGAGCGGCGUGAGCAUGUCCUGUUUGGAAGAGUGCGUCGUCCACGAGUAAUGGACAAUGAAAAUUUGUUGGAGCGUGAUAGCGUGAUUUGGAAGGAGGCGUGAAUAAUUUGGGACUCCUCUCUCUUUUGGAGUUUUUUGGGAUUUAUCCUUAUGGGAUGGGAUGCUGUUUUUCUUGACAGAAACCCAUCACCCAGUAAUAUAACUUAUUAGACAUAGAUCCUGAACAGAGAUCAAUUCAUCAGUCUUGUACUUAUCUUCAAUUCCGAAUUGAUGCCGUUGUAUACAAUGGAACUCUCGGGGUAUACACGAAGUUGAUCAUUUCCUAUCGACGAGACUGUCGGAAUACUCGAGCCAGCAGUGCAGGUCCAAGCAUUCUACGAAGCUUAUCACCAACUUCCAGUUUUUCCAGUCACUCUCCCCCCUCAUCUGGCCUAGUUGGACAUACCUUCAGUGGAUGGACCAUUUGGGUGUG